CUCAUCGCUGAUCGAAUCCCUGUUUUACAUUCUUCUUUCCGCUUGUCCUCAACGACCACCGGAGUUCAGGUUCUUAUAUGUAUUCGCUCUCAACUGGAAGAUAACCUAAUCGCAGUUCUGUGAUUUUAUAUUGUGAACAUUUAUGAUCUGUGCCUCUAUCUUUGUUAAUGGAGUUGUCAUGUUUGCACGUUUGUUGAUUCAGUCGAUUAGGGCUGUUAAAGUCUGAGAAGAAGAAGGUAUGACUGCGUUUAUAGGCCGCAAAAUGAUUUCCAGGGGCAUUUCUGCUAUGAGUUUGAAUCAGCCCUUGGUGAGAAGUAGGAUAUUUGCAUCCAGAGCUUACUCUUCUGCAGCAAAAGAGAUGACAGUGCGUGAUGCUUUGAAUUCAGCCAUUGAUGAAGAAAUGUCUGCAGAUCCCAAGGUCUUUUUAAUGGGAGAAGAGGUUGGGGAGUACCAGGGUGCAUACAAGAUCUCAAAAGGGCUUUUGGAUAAAUAUGGUCCAGACAGGGUUCUUGAUACACCUAUUACUGAGGCUGGGUUUGCAGGGAUUGGAGUAGGUGCGGCUUACUAUGGCCUGAAACCUAUUGUGGAAUUCAUGACGUUUAACUUUUCAAUGCAGGCAAUUGAUCAUAUAAUCAAUUCUGCUGCAAAGUCAAACUACAUGUCUUCUGGACAAAUAUCUGUACCUAUUGUUUUCAGAGGACCUAAUGGAGCUGCAGCUGGUGUUGGUGCCCAACAUUCCCAGUGCUAUGCAGCGUGGUUUGCUGCAUGCCCAGGAUUGAAGGUCCUAUCUCCAUACUCUUCCGAAGAUGCUCGUGGCCUUCUCAAAGCUGCUAUUAGGGACCCGGAUCCUGUCAUUUUCCUUGAAAAUGAAUUGUUAUAUGGCGAAUCCUUCCCUGUUUCAGCUGAAGUUCUUGAUUCUAGUUUUUGUGUUCCAAUUGGGAAAGCUAAAAUUGAACGUGAAGGGAAAGAUGUUACAAUCACAACUUUUUCAAAAAUGGUUGGCUACGCUCUCAAGGCUGCUGAUGUUCUUGCGAAGGAAGGGAUUAGCGCUGAGGUUAUCAAUUUGCGCUCAAUCAGACCACUAGACAGAUCUACCAUCAAUGAUUCUGUCAGGAAAACCAACAGGCUCGUAACUGUUGAGGAAGGGUUUCCUCAGCACGGUGUUGGCGCUGAGAUCUGUGCUUGUGUGGUUGAGGAAAGCUUUGAGUACCUUGAUGCGCCAGUUGAAAGGAUAGCCGGGGCUGAUGUUCCUAUGCCUUAUGCAGCAAAUCUCGAAAGACUGGCAGUCCCACAGGUAGAAGACAUUGUUCGUGCAGCGAAACGGGCAUGCUACAGAUCAGUUCCAAUGGCUGCCACUGCUUAGGAUGAAUUACUCGGGAAAAAAUAAUGGAAACUGGUGAAGUCACACCAACUCUCACCUCACUUUUCGCCCCAAGUUUCUCGCAGAUAUUCACAUACAUUCAACAGUAAGUAAUAGGUGCCCCUAGCAUGACCCAAAAAUUAUAAUACUCCCUUCGUCCCAAAAAAGACUCUAUUUCCUUAUUAUAUUUGUUGAUAUUGGAUUCUCUUUUUGAGACAGUGAGUCAUCAAAAACAGAAUUUUGUCAGGAAUAAGUUUCUGUUUUGUAAAUCCCAUAUUAUACUUGUGGGCAUUAGAAUCCUUGAUAAACAGAGGUAUACAAAAAAAGCUCUUUUUUGUUAUCUUUGUUAGGUUUUGAAACUAUGGAUUGGAGACCAUUCUAUCCUCUUAUGAAAAGAAAAUGUGCACUUGUUC